AUGGAUGCAUGUCAUGUAUUUCUUGGAAGACUGUGGCAAUUUGACAAGAAAGUGGUGCAUAAUGGAAAGGAGAAUGCCUAUACAAUUGAGAAAGAUGGAGUGAAACAUACUUUGAUGCCUAUGAUGGAGCAAGAAGUAGACAAUAGUAGUAGUAGCAGCAAUAAGGUAAUGUUGGUAAGUGGUAAGGAAUUCAUCCAUGAAAUGAAUAAUGAAGAAGUAGGAUUUGAUUUGGUUCUUAAACCUAGGCAUGUGUUUACCACCUUGAAACUUGGUGAUUUUCCUCCUAAAGUGCAAGGUAUUUUGAAUGAAUAUUUAGAAAUUGUUGCAUCUAAUUUGCCUAGUGAUUUUCCACCUAUGAGAAGCAUUAGCCACCAUAUGGAUUUGAUUCCAGGAGCUCGCCUUCCAAACAAGGUAGCCUAUAGGUUGACACCUAUGAAAAAUGAAGAGAUAAGGAAGCAAGUGGAGGACCUUUUGAAGAAAGGAUUGAUAACGGAAAGCUUAAGUCCUUGUGUUGUUCCCAUAGUAUUUGUGCGAAAGAAAGGGGGGAAAUGGCGUAUGUGCACUAAUUAA